UAAUUUCAUUAAUUUUUAAUCGCGACGCCAUCGUGUGCCAUAAAUUGUUCCUUCAAGGGUGUUUUUAUCGCCAGAAAUUUGCAUUUCAGUCACAAUAAACCGUGUUAACGAAAUGCUUAGUAUUUAAUUGUUGUUAUCGUUGAAUAGGAUGUAUAAUUCUGACAAACAAUUCCAAAUGCUCGCAUGCAUAAUUAAUAAUAAAAACCACGGUAACGAUCAUGGUAAUCGUGUGGAAUUUUCGAUCGUCAAAAGUCAUGAGUUGUACAAUGACCGAUAAAUUGCAAAAUAGAACGAAAUCUCGUUAACAUAAUGCGAGCGCCGAAAGCCUCUCGUAUAAACAUGCCAACGUUAUUCUCUCGCACUUCAUCGUUUUGUUUUCGACAAGCUACAUCGAAUAAUAGAAUUAAAUUCGUUCAUUCGUUUCGUUCAUUAUCGUCUAUGCUUUUCUUCCCCAGGAACAAUAAAAUUUCGUUUGAUUUCAUAAGGAUGUUGCUGUUUUAUUUCACAGUUAUUCUAUGUGUAAACAUGUCAUUAAGAUAUGAAAAACAAAAGAAAUGUAGUUUAAAAAUUGAUUUGAGUUUCGGGUCUGUUGCAGUACAGUCCUUAUAAAUUUCAAAAGUGAUUUCAAACUUCUAAUGUACAUAUUAGAGGAAGACUCAAAACUAUAGAGUCAAAAAUACUUCAAAGAUUAAAAAAAAGAAAACACUUCAGACGACUAAAAAACACUCCAUUCAUUUCAAUACGGUUCUUAACCACUAUUAUUUUCAUAUUUCGAAUUUGCCCUAAAUACCGAUUCACUUUAGAGCUUUAAAAGAAUAAUUUUCCUCGGUAGUGUAUCGAAUAAAACAACCCAUUUUGACGCAGUGGGUCGAGGUUUAAUGCGAAAGUGCAACGAUCAGACGUAAUCGAUAGUAAAUAUGCAAAUAAUAUGCUUCACUGUACAGGUCUUGAACGUGUUUCUUUAUCGUAUUAAGAUAGGGUGUGCGAGAAACCCUUUACAGGGAAUCGGGCUUGUGUGCUACGUUCCUGUCUCCGAGUCACUGCUAGGGGUGCUUGCCCUGCGGAUGAACUUAGACAGUAGGUUGCUGCCGCGAAAGACGGUGUUAACGUCGAUAGUCACCAUUCGAAGCGUUCAGUAACCCGAAUGUCAGUCGAUAUCUGCAAACUCGACGGCCAGGAUGGGAAAGGUCUCCCAAUUAACGUGCCACAGAACGUGGGACUCCUGGAAACGUAUCGUUACGUCAUGGAGGACGCAGCAGAUCCUAGAGUCGGGGAUUGGUUUUUAAUGGGCAGCCCAUUCCCAUUGUUAGGAAUUACAUCCCUUUAUCUGGCGUUCGUUCUUCGUCUCGGACCACUUUAUAUGAAAAACCGAAAGCCGUUCAGUCUGAACACAGUCAUGAUUUUCUACAACAUAUUUAUGGCGAUCGCGAGCGCUGCUGUAUUCAACGGGCUGCUUACGUCUGGCUUUACUACAAAAUUGUCUCUUGGCUGUGAGCCACACGUUGUUUCGUACGAUCCCGAGUCUCUUCGCAUGGCUCGUUGGAUAUGGAGGCUCUUAAUGUUGAAAGUCUUCGAGCUGAGCGAUACCGUCAUCUUCAUUCUGAGAAAGAAGUACAAUCAAGCAUCCUUCCUCCACGUUUAUCAUCAUACGUCAACCGUUCUACUUUCGUGGAUAGCGUGCAAAUUUGUCCCAGGCGGGAUGUGGACGUUCGCGAUUAUGCUAAACUGCAUAGUGCACGUGAUUAUGUACACCUAUUAUCUCCUUGCCUGCUUGGGUCCAGAAAUGCAAAAGAGGAUCGCGCCUUGGAAACAAUACAUUACGGGAUUACAAAUGGUCCAGUUUGUGAUCAUGGUAUGCCACACGUUUCAAGCUCUGCUGCCGUCCUGCGAGCCAAAUCGAAAACCAGUGGCUUACAUCUAUAUGUCCCAGAUCCUCACUAUGUUCUACAUGUUUUGCGACUACUACAAGAAAUCGUAUCUCAGAAAAAAGACCGAGUAACGCUUCGACGAGUAUCAUGGCGAGCGAAGUCUCGAAUCGAUUCGCAAUUAACAACUAGAGAUUAAUUCAUCGUUGAACUAUAGGAUCUCAAUACACGUAUAACGUUUCGCGUAUCCAUCGUGCGCCCCGGAAAGCUUAUGUAAUUACGACGAUACGUGGAUCAUGCAUAUUAACUCGAACGUUUCCAGAAUGUAGCGCUUACGAUCAUAGGAACGACUUGUUGCUCGUAACAGGAAGUCUUUGAUAUAAUCAGUGAGACUACCGAACGAAAAUCUUUUCAAACAAUUCUGUUUCAGAAUACAAUAACAUGUAAGGUGGCAGUUGCUAUCUUUCCACCCAUUUUACCCUGAAGGCAGUUUUUAUCGCGUUCGUGGAAACCCUCAAAGCUUUUCGCGAGACAAAUGCAGGCUUGGAUUAGAAAAUUUAUUUAAAAUUAAGUUUCUAAAAUACUGGAAAACGAUAUUAAGUAUUGGCUGCAUUAUUUUAGUAGAGACACAAUUGUCAAAGCAGCAGAGUUAAUAUAAUACAAGAAGAGAAAUUAUUGGUUAUAAAAAAAGAAGUUAAUAUACUACAAUUUCACGCAAAAGUUUUUUGGGAAAUUGAUCUGUGUACGAAUAUAUUCUACACCCACUGUAUGCUAUCUUCAAGAAAAUCUAAUUAUUCUCCCCAGCGUUUACAUUAAUUCCAGUACGAGAAGCGCGGUUGAUUGUCAGUUUAAUUUCAUCGCGUCGAACCAGUUCAUCCGUUUCCUCGUAUAUUUGUUAUUAAAACUCGCCGUGAACGUCACGAGGAUUAAUUUUAUUCAAAUAACCACCUUUUCUCGGCAGGUCGUUUCGAGAAGAAUGGCGAUGAGCCGUAUAAUGCUGCCAGCCGCCGUAAAAAUUAUAGACUCCAGCUUUUGUGGCCCGACUCUUCAUUAGCUCUUUCGUCCAGGGAAUCCAGGACGCGUGUCCCGCGUAGUAAUAAUUCCAUGGAAAAAGUCCGAACGGAGCGAUCGCAGCGGCGGAUACAGCGACGCGUCAUUUGAUAUAUCGUACGCGUCGGCGUACACCUGAGAGAUAUUUAUCAGGCACCAAGGAAAAACUGUUUCGACGCGAGACAAACCAUAAUAGAAGAAUAAAAUUCGCGUAUCCGAGUCAGCCCGUGUUUGUUCGCGGGAAUGCUUUUAGUCGGAUUCUUUUUUCAUUGUCUUUCGCCCAUCCUCGUCCCAUCGGCGAAUCGAAACGUAUUACAUUUUGUUGGGCACAAUAUAUCGACAACGGUGACGUUGCUCCGCGAGAUUCUACUCGCAACCGUGAUUUCGUUAUGGGGGUACUUUUUUGUUUCCAACAGUUUCGAAGCAAUUUUUAUGAUUCUUUAAAGGGCAAAGUGAUGGACAAACUUCGGAGAUUUCGUACGUUUAUUUAUACAUGAAUUAUCGCAUAACACCAAUAUUUUUAACGAAGAUAAGAUAUCAUUACUCAUAUUAUUACAAGUAUGACUGUUUUUUAAUUUGCCUAAUAUUAUAGUAGCGAUUAUAAUACAUUUCUAUCGAUUUGAUAAUUAGAAUCAUUAAUAAUGCACGAAUAUCUGCUCCGCUGAUGAAGCUUUUUCUUGUCAGGAUAUAUUCUAAAUGCUUGUACGAUUUCCAAAUAAUUGAAAUUUUUUAACAGUUUUCUUAUUUAAUGUUGUGUUCACCCUUAAUGUUCUCAGCUUUUAAUUCGUUGAUAGACUGUCAGUUCACCUGAGAGUACUUGGACCACUAAGGGUUAAUAUGUCAAGUAAUACUUUAUAGAUUAAGAUCGAAAAUUUAAAAUCUGUUGUUUUAUACUUAUGAAAUUAUUGGGAGAAGUUAUAUUUUAUUUUUCAAAAAUGGGAGAAGCUUAUUCAGCGAACUAAUUCUAGAUAAAUAUAUUCGCCCCUGCAGAUUGAUUUGGUUUUAAUAAAAAUGGCGAUGUAGACGCGGUAUGCGUACGGUAGAAGUAAACAUUGCUAGGAAUAAUCCUAAGGAUUUAUCACUUAUACUUACAAUUAUAGAUUUUAAAGCGAAACUCAUACGAUACAUAUAUAUUUUAUACAUGUAUUAGAGUAACAUACCAAAAUGUUUGU